AUGGCAGUCAUACCUGUGGUGGCCAAGCACCAAGGCAAAAAGUACGAUGUUGAGGUCGACUCCGACUCCACUGGACUCGACUUUAAGCUCCAAAUCUAUUCGUUGACCGAUGUCGAACCCGAACGCCAAAAGAUCCUCGUCAAGGGCGGCCAGCUCAAGGAUGACGCCGACAUGAGCAAGCUCGGCCUAAAAGCCAACCAGGUCCUAAUGGUCAUGGGCACCCCCAGCGGCGCUGGCGAACUUGUUCGCCCCAAGGAUCAGAUCAAGUUUGUUGAGGAUAUGACCGAGGCUGAACAGGCUCAGCAGGUCGGCGCCACCCCCGCUGGUCUGAUGAACUUGGGCAACACCUGCUACCUCAACUCGACUCUCCAGACUCUCCGCGCGAUCCCCGAACUGCAGAGUGCCCUCGAAGACUACAAGGGAAGCGACUCGUCCGGUCUAAUGGCUGGCAUGUCACAGAUGGACCUGGCCUCCCAGCUUGCCGCUCUCUACAAGAAGAUGAGCGCUACGCAGGAUCCCUUUCCUCCCAUGAACUUUUUGAGUGCCCUGCGCGUCGUCUUUCCGCAGUUUGCUGAAAAGGCGAAAGCCAACAAUGGUUACGCGCAGCAGGACGCGGAAGAGGCCUGGUCCCAGAUUGUGCAGCAGCUCGGCGAGAAGGUCCAGAUUAAGCAGGAGGACGGUCCUAGCGCCUCAUUUGUUCAGAAGUACAUGGGCGGCGAAUUCACCUCAUCUAUGGAAUGCGAUGAAGAAGAUGCCAUUACAGCAGGCGAGAAACCCAUUGUCGCCAAGGACCAGUUCACGAAGCUCAACUGCCACAUCGACGGCCAGACGAACCACCUUCGCGACGGUAUUCUUGCUGGUCUUAGCGAGAAGAUUGAGAAGAAGUCGGAAGUCCUCGACCGAGAUGCGACAUAUACAAAACGAUCCAAAAUUUCCCGAGCCCCCAAAUAUCUCACCGUUCACUUUGUGCGCUUCUUCUGGAAGCGCGAAACGCAGAAGAAGGCCAAGAUUAUGCGCAAGGUCACGUUUCCCCAAGAACUUGAUAUUGUUGAAUUCUGCUCCGACGACCUAAGAAAGGCCCUCAUUCCUGUCCGCGACAAGGUUCGUGAAGUGCGCAAAGACGAGGAGGAUAUCGAGCGUGCCCGCAAGCGACGCAAGACAAACGCUAAUAGCGACAACAUUGCUGGCGGUGCUGGACUGCCUAGCGAGAAAGAGGUCAAGGAUAAGGAAAAGGCUGAAGCCGAGAGGAAAAAGCGAACAGGCGAGAAGCCCGCCGAGAAGUCGGCAGAUGGCGACACCGAAAUGGGCGAGACGUACAAGACGGAUGCUGAGGUGGAAGCUGAGCAAGCCGCUGCUCUCUUGACCGCCAAGAAGGAGCUGAACGCCCUCAUCAACCCCGAGCUACGGACUGACGACGGUGCCAACCAAUCCGGCCUGUAUGAGCUCCGCGGCGUCGUCACGCACCAGGGCGCCAGCGCCGACAGCGGCCACUACACGGCGUAUGUCAAGAAGACUGCACCCGUGGACCCCAAGACUGGCGCCGCCGGCGAGGAGGAUGGCAAGUGGUGGUGGUUCAACGACGACAAGGUGACGGAGGUGAUGGUGGACAAGGUCGAGGCUCUGUCGGGCGGUGGCGAAUCUCACUCUGCCUUGAUUCUGCUGUACAAGGCCAUUGAUUUGCCCAGUGUUGGUGGUCAGUAA